CCUAUGAAGUUUAAAUAAUCUGCACAAUAUAAUAUAAAAAUGAUAUCUUAUAUAUAUAAUAUAUAUAAAAUCUUACUGAUGUACUUGUAAAAAUGAUAUCAACAUUAGAAUAUGAUGACAGGAAAUAACAUAGAUCUUGACUGAAGUUUGAAGACAAAUAUGUAAAAUGUAUUUUUUACAAACAAAUCGAAAUCGAAACUCCUAGAUCAUGUGAGAACUAAUUAAAUGCUACAUGUGUUCGUGUGAAGGAAUCACGCAUGCACGGUGUAAAGUUCAUCCAACAUUUGUGGAUCCAUCUUGCAUCUCCAACAAUGGAGACCUCAAUUACAUCAAACUCGGCCCAUAUCUCGACAAUAUCAAGCCACUUCUGGGCUCCACCUGGGAAAACAGAAUUCGCUCGAUCCUCGACGAGUUCGUGUGUAAACCGAAUUCGCAUUACGCGAAACAAUUUCCACGAGUGAAGAAAUUCUUGGACAUGGUCGCCAUUUGGGCUAACGGUGUCUCUUGCAAAGACACGGUUCUCAAACAGGAAGUGAUUAAGCACACGAUCGAGUGUAUGAUGAAGGAUAGCCUGGUGACACAAUUCGCGGAUCCGAUUCUUGAUAAUGGGCCGAAAGUGGAUUCCAAUUCUUUGGCCACCAAGCAUAAUUCCUUACAAUGCAUGAACGUUUGGAGGUUUAUCACCGAGAAAGAUUAUUGGUUGUGCCAAGAUUGCUCAACACCAAUCCAUAUAGAUCCAAAAACUAAUCGAAAAAUCCACGAAAACAAUGGAGAGAGUUCGAACAGCGACUUGGACGUCGAGGUAGGUUCAAUCUCGCAGGAGCCAUCAUCCUAUCGCACCUGUAGAACAAUCUCCUGUGAUCAAAUUAACAACCAAGGAAUCGAAGCGCCGAUAUGUCAAACCGAAACCAAUAAACAAGAACUCGAAUUCGUCUUACAAUUAAAUUUACAGAAUCAAAUUCCAACAAUAACUUCGAAUAAUUGCUGCACGGAAACACAGGACACGAUAAAAAUCAAAUGUGACUAUGACACGAAAUGCGUACACACUCAAACCAGCCAAACGAACUUGAACUUUAUCUUUACGACAAAUCAAUGCGAAUUAAUCAAACCAUGUGACGCCUCUAUCCGCCCUAAACCCUAUCCAAGAAGAAUAAGUAUACAGGAAUCAAAAAUGGUGUGCACCGAUCAGAAUACAUUUCUAAAAAAUUCGAAAUUAAAAUUUUACAUAUACAAAACAAUGAGCACCGACCGAUGCACGAUUCGAGAUCCAAACGUAUCCAAUCUCUCGCUUCCCUGCAAAUCGAAUCAGCUGAUCGUCCGAUUAUUCGAGACGGAUCCGCUCUUGUUGGAUCCUUGUUUGAUUCUGUUAAGGAAAAGAUUCGAGAAGGACGUGAGCAACGCUUGCUCAUGCAUAAACGACAUCCUGAAGAAGUUCGACGAAUCGAUGAUCAAGCACUUUCGCUUGAACUGUGAGAUCAAACAUGGCCGCGUCGAUUUGAAUCUGGUGUGUAAAAGUAGUGGUAACAUUUCCAAGUCUCGAUGGUUUCUGGCCAGGAUACCGACUUGUACCACCGUACACAAACGUGAUUCGUGUCACAAGGACGUCGAGAGCUGCGGGGAGAAAUACGGAGAAAAUCUGCGAAAAUCUAUUGAGAUCCCUAUCGAUCAUGUGUGCGAUGAGGAAGUGAGGUUAGAAUGUUGCAAAGAAUUAGAACAAAGAACUACUUUCUAUUCGUUUUGCUCGAACGACAGUUCUAUAAGUAUAGAAUCAUCUGUAUUGGAGAUUGAAAAGGAGAAAGAAGAGAAGAAAGAGGUUAACUUUGUGUGGUUGAAAGAGGGGCCGAAGCAGAUGGAAUUUGUAUUUUCUUCCAAGAACGCGACAAGCCCGAGGGACAAGUGUGAAAAGGCGAAAGUUUAUUUUGAGGUUAAUGCUGAAAGGGUUAAGGAACAUGAUGAUGAAAUUAAUGAUAUAUGUGAAUCGUUUUUGGAUGAAGAAAAUGAAGAGACGAUAAUACAAGAACGAGAUACAAGAGAGGGAUACAAGAGCGAGGAAGUUGCGGAUGAAAAGACUUUCAGAUAUGAAAAGAGUGAGACACGUGAAUUUGUCAUGAUAGGUACCGAGAACGAAUUGACGUUGUGCGAGUAUGAUUAUUCGUCUGAUAGCUUGAAGGAAUGUGUUGUUAGAGAGGAUCAAUCGUUGGCUAAAGAACGCGAGCAAUGCUUCAAGAUUAAGGAGUUUUUCCUAUCUGAUAAUCUAAAUCAAUGUGAAAAGAAAGAUUUGUGCGUGGCUAGUGAAAAGAUAGAAGAUUUAAAAGAAAAAGAUUAUGAAGAAUGUCAUCUAGAAGAAAAUGUUGUGGAAAUGCAAGAACCGGAAUGCUCGUACACGAGGGAACGCGAAGAAUACUUGAAGGAUACUUCUUGUUCAAUAACGAAGAAAGAGAUUUCAAUGGGAAAUGAAAUAUAUACUUGUGAAUUAAGGAAUAAUACUUUUCAAAUGGAAAAUUGCACGAAACAAGAGAACAUUUUAUCAGAAGGUGUUGUAAAGUAUAAUUUUGAAGAUACGUGCAAACGAGAGGUGAAUGCCUUGGAAAAGAAGAAAAAUUUGGAGGAAAAAUAUAGCGUGGAUUCUAUUUCAUUCGUGCAUUCGAACUCCGAGACCAAAUGUUCUUGUUGUGGUAAAGCUCUCUCAAGUCCCUCCGACGAAGAAAUUUGCAAAACGAAUAAAUUUGUCACGAACGAAACGAUUCUUGACUCAAAAGUUCAAGAGAUAUCAAACUUAAUUGGAACAGAAAAUAUAUCGGAUAAUUUAAAACCUUCGAAUCUUCAAUAUUGCAAAUUUCAAACUAGUUCGAUCAUUUCUUCAUCUCCCGAUCGAUGUUGCAAUACUAUUAACAGCAAUGCAACAGAUUCACCACGAUCGUGUCCAAAUUGCGAGCAAAACUUGUCUAACCAACCUACUAGCGAGAAAAUUUCAGAUCCUCCUGUCGCCGAAUUUGUGUUUUGUAAAGAUUUCAACGUAACGAAUUUCUCUUCCGCGUCCGAUGAGGAAAGUUCGAGUGAAAAUUUUGAGACGAGGGAUCAAGAAACGCGCGGGAGAUUCAAAUCGACUCCACCGUGCAGAAAACCGACUCCACCGUGUCGUCAAAAGUUGAUGCAUUAUACGACAUGCGACAAUUCCUCAUGUCCCGCGAAAAACUUUCGUCGAGUCAGAUGUAUAAAGCCCGAUUCGAAGUGUAAAUCGAGGGAGACAGAUGGCGUUCGAGUCGUUGCACGACACAAAAGUCGUCGGGGAUCCGUGAUCCCAAGCAGUCUGUGCAGCUCGUUUCCAGCCAUCGAUCGUAUCAAGUAUUUGAUACGCAAGAAACUGCGAAAAUUGCUUCUCGAGGAACGUGAUAAGGGAACGAGCACGUCGAAAACGUUUUUGAGGACCGACAGAUAUCUGGUCAGUAUAUCAAGCGGAAAAUUGAACAAGGAACGUGUUUUCUGCGAACCUUGUCCAGAUAGAUCUUCGAUUCGUUGUCCUUUUACGGCCAGGAAUCGAUACGAAACUGGUGAUCGGGCAACAGUGAAGACGUUCACGGAGGGAAAAUCGUUGAAGAAGAGUAAAAAUGUGAUUGGUGACAAAAUCAAAGCAAAAUGUCAAAAAAUGAUCCAGAAUAAUGAUAUAUUCAAGAGAAUCAAGAUGGCGGAUGUUUUGAAAUCUCAGAAAAAUGAUUCGAAAAAGUUAUCGAUCGAUGCACGGGAUUUGAUCAAUAAAGAGAAACCGAGAAUUAGAAAAUUGGAUAGUUACUCGUUAAAAAGUAGAAGCUUGAAGGAUGAUCGUUCGAGUGUCGUGUCUUUGAAUUCGACCAGAGUGGUUUUUUUCGAGGAUGAGGGUGAUCAUUUUAUAAAUCGUAACUUUAUUCGUGAAAAAAAUUUCGUGUUGAGGAGGGAUAACAAAAACGUGGUGAAUAAUUGUGAAUUAAAAAAAGAUUUUUUCAUCGAUUCGAGAUCGAUAAGAAGUUGUUCUAAAAGAAACUGCGAGCGUAAUUUUGUUGGAAAUGAAAUGAAAAUGGAAAAUAGAACUUGCUCUGAUAAAAUGAGAUCUUUUGAAAAACGUUUGUACAAGCUCGAGAGAAAGCAAAAGGAGGAUAAUAAUCUCACGAUUUUUCUCAACGAUUACGACAGAUUGAUUAGCGAGCUCGACGCGGAUUUCAGGUUGAAAUUAUUGCAAUACGUAACGCUUUGCAGAAGCGUAAAGAAUUGUUUGAUAAAAAGAUUGCGACCGGAUGACGUUUGUGAGAGUUCAAGUACCGUGUAACACAAGGAAUGAGAUCGAUUUAGUCGAUGGGUCGAUCUUGAUCGAUAAAUAAUUUUAUAUCAUUUCUUUUCAUUGUCAUUUUAUUGUUUAAGAUUUUUGUUUAAGAUGUGCCUUCUUUUAGGUAUGUUGAUGUAAUAUAGUUUUUUUGGAAAUGUAAAAGAGAAAUAGUGCUGUGUGUGGAAUUGUCUUUGACAAAAUGAAUUGAGGAGGGAAGAAUGAAUAAAUAUUUUUAGAAUUUUU